GAGAGCGGCCGCCUUCGCCCUUGCCGGGCUCGCGCUGGGGCUGAGCAUCAGGCUGGCGGCAGAGGCGCUGCAUWCGGAGCGGUCCCGGAGCCGGUGAACUGGGCGGUCUCGAGGGCGGGGCACUGGGAGAAGAGGGCGGCCGCUGUGCCUUGCGCAGCCGAGGAAGAUGGUAUUCGAGUCGGUGGUCGUGGACGUGUUGAACCGGUUCUUGGGGGACUAUGUGGUGAACCUGGACACGUCCCAGCUCUCUUUGGGCAUCUGGAAAGGAGAUGUGUCCCUCAAGAAUCUUGAAGUCAAAGAAAAUGCCCUGAGUCAACUGGAUGUGCCCUUUAAAGUUAAAGUUGGUCAUAUUGGUAAUCUUAAACUUAGAAUUCCAUGGAAAAACCUUUAUACUCAACCAUUUGAAGCUGUAUUAGAAGAUAUUUAUUUACUCAUAGUGCCUUCUUCCAGAAUAAAAUAUGAUCCUUUAAAGGAAGAAAAACAACUCCUAGAAGCAAAGCAACAGGAAUUAAAAAGAAUAGAAGAAACAAAGCAAAAAGUAGUUGAUCAAGAACAACAGCGGGAAGAGAAACAGGAUACUUUUACAGAAAAAUUAGUUACUCAGAUCAUAAAAAAUCUUCAAGUGAAAAUUUCCAACAUCCAUAUUCGUUAUGAAGAUGAUAUCACAAAUCGUGAGAAACCACUGUCAUUUGGUAUUUCUUUACAAAAUCUCAGCAUGCAGACCACUGAUCAGUACUGGGUUCCAUAUUUACAAGAUGAAACUGAGAAACUAGUUCGUAAGUUAAUUCGAUUGGACAAUCUUUUUGCCUACUGGAAUGUACACUCUCAGAUGUUUUAUCUUAAUGAUUAUGACAAAUCAUUGGACAACUUGAAGAAUGGCGUUGUUAAAGAACAUAUUGUUCCACAAGGUUAUGAUUUUGUAUUUCGCCCCAUAUCUGCUAAAGCCAAACUUCAGAUGAAUCGCCGAUCAGAUUUCGACUUUUCUGACCCCAAAAUAAACUUGGAAGUUGAGUUACAUAGCAUAGCAAUUGAAUUUAAUAAACCACAGUAUUUCAGUGCUAUGGAGCUUCUUGAAUCAGUUGAUAUGAUGACACAAAACCUGCCAUACAGGAAAUUCAAACCUGAUGUUCCUCUUCAUUUCCAUGCCAAGGAAUGGUGGGCUUACGCUAUACAUGGUAUUCUUGAAGUAAAUGUUUGCCCCAGCUUACGGAUGUGGUCAUGGAAGCAUAUUCGGGAACAUAGACAAAAACUGAAGCAAUAUAAAGAACUAUACAAGAAAAAGUUAACAAAUAAGAAACCACCUGGUGAAAUUCUCAUGUCUUUAGAGGAGCUGGAAAAAGCCUUGGAUGUCUUUAAUAUAACUAUAGCUAGACAACAGGCAGAAGUUGAGUUAAAGAAAACUGGACACAAGAUUUAUAAAGAAGGAAUAAUUGAUCCAGAGGAUAACAAAGGAUGGUUUAACUGGCUAUGGACUUGGUCAGAAUCACAUACUAAAGAACAACCAGAUGUUAAACCUGGAAUUCUGGAAGAAAUGUUGACACUUGAAGAAAAGGCUUUACUCUAUGAAGCAAUUGGCUAUAGUGAAACAGCAGUUGAUCCAACCUUGCCCAAAACAUUUGAAGCCCUGAAGUUUUUUGUUCAUUUGAAAAGUAUGUCCAUCGUUCUAAGGGAAAAUAACCAAAAACCUGAGCUGAUACACAUUGUAGUAGAAGAAUUUAGCACGUUAAUUGUGCAAAGACCAGGAGCACAAGCAAUCAAAUUUGAAACCAAAAUAGACUCAUUUCAUAUUACUGGCUUACCAGAUAAUUCAAAAAAACCCCGCCUCCUGUCUUCAUUGGAUGGUACAUCACUCUUCCAGAUUAUAUUUGAGAUUAAUCCAUUAGAUGAAACUGUUUCUCAGAGGUGUAUCAUAGAAGCUGAACCAUUGGAAAUGAUAUAUGAUGCAAGGACAGUGAAUAGUAUAAUAGAAUUCUUCAGGCCUCCAAAAGAGGUACAUCUAGCACAGCUCACUUCAGCAACUUUAACAAAACUUGAAGAAUUUCGUGAAAAGACAGCAACAGGUCUUUUGUAUAUUAUUGAAACACAGAAAGUUCUUGACCUCAGAAUUAACUUGAAGGCUUCAUACAUUAUUGUCCCACAAGAUGGAAUUUUUACUCCUACAUCUAAUCUACUACUUUUGGAUCUUGGUCAUCUAAAGGUGACAAGUAAAGUUCGUUCAGAAUUACCAGAUGUGAAACAAGGUGGGCCCAACCUUGAAGAAAUUAUGCAAAGAGCUUAUGAUUCCUUUGAUAUUAACCUUACAAGCAUACAACUACUUUAUAGUAGAGUGGGUGAUAAUUGGAAAGAAGCACGAAAACUCAAUGUAUCUACACAGCAUAUUUUGGUGCCCAUGCACUUCAAUGUGGAACUCUCUAAGGCCAUGGUUUUCAUGGAUAUAAAGAUGCCCAAAUUCAAGGUUUCUGGAGAGUUACCUCUUGUUUCUUUACGAAUCUCUGAUAAAAAACUGCAAGGGAUUAUGGAAUUGGUGGAAAGCAUUCCAAAACCUAUAUUUGCAACUGAUGUAUCUGCCCCUGUCAAAUCAAUUCAGGUUCAAGCAUAUACUGGUUUAGGACCGUCACAUAUUUCACAGAAAAUNUUCAAAAUGAAGCAGCUUCCUUCAAACACAUUACAGGACUCAGAAGAAGAAUUUUUUGAUGCACCAUGUAGUCCCUUGGGAGAGUUUCCUCAAGUUCCAGUUAGAGUUAAAAGUACUCAACACAAAAAAUUACAAAAGCAAGAUUGUUCAGUAAAUUUGACUGAGAUUAAAAUGCGAUUUGAAGUAGCAGAGGUUUUGAUUCAAUUUUAUCACCUUGUGGGAGAUUGUGAACUACCUGUGGUAGAAAUUGAUGUUUUAGGAUUAGGCACAGAAGUUGAACUUAGAACAUUUGAUUUGAAAGCAAGUGCCUUUUUGAAAGAGUUCUGCUUAAAAUGUCCAGAAUACUUAGAUGAAAACAAGAAACCUGUUUAUUUGGUCACAACACUGGAUAACACRAUGGAAGAUCUGUUAACAUUGGAAUAUGUGAAGGCUGAAAAUAAUGCACCUGAUUUGAAAAGUACCUAUAACAAUGUUUUACAACUGCUUAAGGUGAAUUUUUCAUCUUUGGAUAUUCAUUUACAUACUGAAGCACUUCUGAAUACAAUGAAUUAUCUCAAUAACAUCCUUCCACAAUCAGUGGAAAAACCAACCUCAGUGUCUGUUCCAGAGACUGAAGACAAAGGAGAUGUCAUUAAAAAAUUGGCUUUAAAACUAUCCAUGAAUGAAGAUAUUAUAACCUUGCAGAUUUUAGCAGAAUUAUCAUGUAUACGGAUUUUUAUUCAAGAUCAGAAACAUAACAUUGCCGAAAUUAAGAUUGAAGGACUUGAUUCUGAAAUGAUUAUGAGGACUUCAGUUAUGGAAGUAAAUGCCAAGCUAAGGAAUAUAAUUGUUUUGGAUUCUGAUAUAAUGGCUGUGUACAAAAAGGCUGUGUAUAUCACUGGAAAAGAAGUUUUCAGCUUCAAAAUGGUGUUUUACACGAAUGUAACUGCUGGUUCUGCAGACACAGAUAUGAAUGUGGUUGACGUUGGGUUUAAUUUAACUGUUGGUUGCAUUGAAGUCGUUUUUGUCACAAAAUUUCUAUAUUCCAUAAUAGCUUUUAUAGAUAAUUUUCAAGCAGCAAAACAAGCCUUGGCUGAAGCAACUGUUCAGGCAGCAGGAAUGGCUGCUACUGGUGUAAAAGAACUGGCACAAAGGAGUUCUAGAUUUGCAUUAGAUAUUCACAUCAAAGCCCCAGUUGUGGUUAUCCCACAGUCUCCUGUUUCUGAAAAUGUUUUCGUUGCUGAUUUUGGACUUAUUACAAUGAAAAAUACAUUUGUUCAAAUAUCAGAGAGCCAGAACUAUCCCCCACCUGUUAUUGACUUGAUAACAAUAAAGCUGAGUGAAAUGAGACUAUAUAGGUCUCAGUAUUUUAAUGAUGCAUACCAGGAAGUACUGGACCUAUUACUGCCAUUAAAUCUUGAAGUGGUUGUUGAGCGAAAUAUGUCCUGGGAAUGGUACCAAGAAGUUCCUUGUUUUAAUGUAAAUGCUCAGCUAAAACCUAUGGAGUUUAUUCUUAGUCAAGAAGAUAUGACUACUAUUUUUAAAACAUUAUAUGGCAACUUGUGGUAUGAAGAUAUUCAUGCCUCACCUGUUAGUGUGAAAGACCACUCUGGCAAUUCURAUGGAGUAGCUAAUGCUUCAUACCAUUCAGGAGGAGCAACUGUGGUAACAGCUGCUGUUGUAGAAGUACAUUCACAUGCUUCUCAAGUUAAGACAACACUAAAUAUGAGUUUCAAAACUGAUUAUCUCACCAUGGUACUGUAUAGUCCAGGUCCUGAACAGGAUGCUUUUACAGAUGUUCGUGAUCCUUCUUUGAAACUUGCUGAAUUUAAGUUGGAAAAUAUUACAAGUAAUUUGAAAAUGUAUACAGAUGAAUCAAUAUUUUCUUCUUUCUCAUUAAGAAACUGUAUUUUAGAUGAUAAAAGACCUCACAUCAAGAAAGCAACUCCUAGAAUGAUAGGACUGACAGUUGGGUUUGACAAAAAGGACAUGAUGGAUGUUAAGUUUAGGAAAAUCCGAGAUGGUUCUGUUACUGAUGCAGUCUUUCAAGAAAUGUAUAUUUGUGCAAGUGUGGAAUUCCUGCUGACAGUUGCAAAUGUCUUUUUGGAGGCAUACACAGCAGGGUCUAUUACAGAGACCAAUGUUCAAGCAUGGACUUCUAAAGAAGCACCUGUACAGGAGUCAGAGAAAUGGGAAGUUAAUAUUCUUAUUAAAAACCCUGAAAUUGUGUUUGUGGCUGACAUGACAAAAAAUGAUGCUCCUGCCUUGGUCAUUACAACACAAUGUGAAAUUUGCUGUAAAGGUGACAGUAAAAAUAGUACAAUAACUGCUGCUAUUAAAGAUCUCCAAAUCAGAGCAUGCCCAUUUCUUCCAGCCAAGAGAAAAGGCAAAAUCACUACUGUUUUGCAGCCCUGUGACUUGUUUUUUCAGUCUACUCAGACAGGUACAGAUCCACAAGUGAUUGAUAUUUCAGUAAAAUCCCUUACACUAAAGGUUUCACCAGUUAUCAUAAAUACCAUGAUUACUAUAACUUCAGCACUUUAUACAACUAAAGAAACCACCCCAAAAGAGAUGGCUUCUUCUUCAGCACAUUUAUGGGAAAAGAAGGAUACAAAGAAUUUAAAAAUGUGGUUUCUUGAAGGGUCAAAUGAAACUGAAAAAAUAUCUCCCUCAGUUGAAUUGGUACCCAAAGGAGAGAUGAUGAAAUUGAACAUUGAUUCUAUUUUUCUGGUUCUUGAGGCUGGAGUUGGUCAUAGAACAGUGCCUAUGCUUUUGGCAAAGUCAUGUUUUUCAGGGGAAGGCAAAAACUGGAGUAGUCUAAUAAAUCUCCACUGUCAGCUUGAGCUAGAAGUUCAUUAUUAUAAUGAAAUGUUUGGUGUAUGGGAGCCAUUGCUUGAACCAUUAGAAAUUGACCAGACUGAAGACUUUAGACCAUGGAAUCUUGGAAUCAAGAUGAAAAAGAAAGCAAAACAAGCUAUUGUUGAGUCAGAUUCUGAAGAAGAAAACUACAAAGUGCCAGAAUAUAAAACUGUCAUCAGUUUCUAUUCAAAAGAUCAGUUAAACAUUACAUUAUCCAAAUGUGGCCUUGUAAUGUUAAGUAAUUUAGUUAAGGCAUUUACCGAAGCUGCUACUGGAUCUGCACCUGUCUUUGUAAGGGAUCUAGCACCAUUUAUGAUUUUAAAUUGUCUUGGACUUACAAUCUCUGUUUCACCAAGUGAUUCUUUUAAUGUACUCAAUGUUCCUCUGGCAAAGUCAUAUACAUUAAAAAAUAUGCAAAGUUUAAGUAUGGAUUAUGUWCGAACUAAGGACAAUGACCAUUUUAAUGCAAUGACCAGCCUAAGCAGCAAACUCUUCUUCAUUCUUCUUACUCCUGUUAACCACUCGACUGCUGAUAAGAUUCCUUUAACAAAAGUAGGACGAUGUCUGUACACUGUAAGACACAGAGAAUCUGGAGUUGAAAGAUCUAUUGUUUGUCAAAUUGAUGCAGUAGAAGGAAGUAAGAAGAUAACAGUUCGCUCACCAGUGCAGAUUAGAAAUCAUUUUUCAAUUCCAAUCUCUGUUUAUGAAGGAGAUACUUUAUUGGGAAUUGCUUCACCUGAAAAUGAAUUCAACAUACCAUUAGCAUCUUACCGGACUACCAGGAGCCGGAGUGGCAACAUAGGCAUGGGUACCCACCCACCUGAGCAGAAAUCCCAGAUGCUGCUCCCACACAGGACACCCAGCAGCUACCAACGUGCAGGAACUCCACCUGCCAUUCCCGGGAUUGAAAAUACAGUUUUUACUCUCAAUGAAGGAUAUUCAGCCCAGGUUUAUACUGAGCAAGUGGAUAAAACCAAACUACAUUUAAAAUUGCUUGAUUAUCUUAAUCAUGAUUGGAAAAGUGAAUUUUAUAUAAAAUCUAAUCAACAAGACAUUAGUUUCAUCAGUUUUACCUGUGUUACAGAAAUGGAAAAGACUGAUUUAGAUAUUGCUAUCCACAUGACUUACAACACUGGUCAGGCAAUCGUGGCAUUUCAUAGUCCAUACUGGAUGGUCAAUAAAACUGGCCGAAUGUUACAAUACAAAGCAGAUGGAAUUCAUCGAAAGCAUCCACCUAAUUACAAAAAGCCAGUUCUCUUUUCUUUUCAGCCAAAUCACUUUUUUUAUACCAAUAAGGUUCAGCUUAUGGUAACUGAUAGUGGGUUGUCAGAUCAGUUUUCAAUUGAUACUGUUGGUAGUCAUGGAGCUGUUAAAUGCAAAGGCCCAAAAAUGGAAUAUCAAGUUGGUGUCACUAUAAACCUUAGCAGUUUUAACAUUACCAGAAUUGUGACAUUUACUCCUUUUUAUAUGAUUAAAAACAAGAGCAAAUAUCAUAUAUCAGUKGCUGAAGAGGGAAGUGAUAAAUGGCUUUCUCUUCAAUUGGAGCAGUGUAUCCCCUUUUGGCCUGAGGAUGCUGGCAGUAAACUUCUUAUUCAAGUUGAAAGGACUGAAGGUCCUCCAAAAAGGAUAUAUUUUAACAAGCAAGAAAAUUGUAUUUUAUUGCGUCUGAAUAAUGAGCUUGGAGGUAUCAUAGCAGAAGUUAAUUUGGCUGAGCAUUCAACCAUUAUUACAUUUUCAGAUUACCAUGAUGGAGCAGCUACAUUCCUGUUAAUAAAUCACACUAAGAAUGAUCUUGUUCAGUACCAACAAAGUUGUCUCAGUGAUAUUGAAGAUUCCCUUCCUCCUGGAAAAGCAGUGUUUUAUACCUGGGCUGAUCCUGUGGGCUCUAGAAAAUUAAAGUGGAUUUGUGGAAAAAGCCAUGGGGAAGUAACACAAAAGGAUGAUAUGAUGACACCUAUAAAUUUGGGAAAAAAGACCAUUUAUUUAGUUUCAUUCUUUGAAGGCUUACAGCGCAUUAUUUUAUUCACUGAAGAUCCAAGAGUGUUUAAAGUGACAUAUGAAAGUGAGAAAGCAGAGUUAGCAGAGCAAGAAAUUGUGUUGGCAUUACAAGAUGUUGGAAUUUCUCUUGUCAACAAUUAUACAAAGGAAGAAGUAGCCUAUAUAGGCAUUACAAGUUCUGAUGUGGUUUGGGAAACAAAGCCCAAGAAGAAGGCAAGAUGGAAGACAAUGAGUGUAAAGCAUACUGAGAAGUUAGAAAAAGAAUUUAAGGAAUAUACUGAAUCUUCACCCUUAGAAGACAAGGUUAUUGAGUUGGACACUAAUAUUCCGGUUCGAUUCACACCUAGUGGGAUUAACAUGAAAAUUUUGCAACCACAUGUACAAGCUAUUCGAAGAAACUAUCUUCCAGCAUUAAAAGUGGAAUAUAGCACAUCUGCACAUCAAUCAUCAUUUAGAAUUCAGAUUUACAGAAUACAGAUUCAAAACCAGAUUCCUGGUGCUAUUUUUCCAUUCGUGUUUUAUCCUAUUAAACCUCCAAAGUCUGUCACGAUGGACUCAGCACCAAAACCCUUCACAGAUGUCAGUAUUGUCAUGAGAUCUGCAGGACAUUCGCAGAUAUCACGUAUUAAGUAUUUCAAAGUGUUGAUUCAAGAAAUGGAUCUCAGGUUAGAUCUUGGUUUCGUAUAUGCUCUAGCAGACCUCAUGACAGAAGCUGAGGUGACUGGAAAAACAGAGCUUGAACUUUUUCAUAAAGAUAAAGAAGCUUUUGAAGAAGAAUAUGAGACAGUUUCAUUGGUAGAUCAAUCACAAGUCAGUCUCUAUGAAUAUUUUCAUAUAUCUCCUAUCAAGCUGCAUUUAAGUGUUUCACUGAGUUCGGGUAGAGAAGAAGCUAAAGAUUCAGAGCAUCAUGGAGGACUGAUCCCAGUUCAUUCUUUAAAUCUUUUGCUAAAGAGUAUUGGUGCCACCCUUACAGAUGUACAAGAUGUAGUUUUUAAGCUUGCCUUUUUUGAACUCAACUAUCAGUUCCAUACAACAUCUGAACUACAGUCUGAAGUAAUAAAACACUAUUCAAAACAGGCCAUUAAGCAGAUGUAUGUACUAAUUCUUGGACUUGAUGUUUUGGGAAAUCCUUUUGGCUUAAUUAGAGAAUUUUCAGAAGGUGUGGAAGCAUUUUUUUAUGAACCUUACCAGGGGGCUAUCCAGGGUCCUGAAGAGUUUGUGGAAGGAAUGGCACUAGGACUUAGAGCACUAGUUGGUGGAGCUGUCGGUGGAUUAGCUGGCGCUGCCUCCAAAAUCACCAGUGCUAUGGCUAAAGGAGUAGCAGCUAUGACUAUGGAUGAAGACUUCCAGCAGAAGAGAAGAGAAGCAAUGAAUAAGCAACCAGCUGGGCUUAGAGAAGGCAUUACUCGUGGAGGAAAAGGCUUAGUUUCUGGUUUUGUGAGUGGCAUUACAGGAAUUGUUACAAAACCAAUCAAAGGAGCUCAAAAAGAAGGAGCAGCUGGUUUCUUUAAAGGUGUUGGGAAAGGUUUAGUUGGAGCAGUGACCAGACCAACUGGAGGCAUCAUAGACAUGGCUAGCAGUACAUUUCAGGGAAUUAAAAGAGCUACAGAAUCUUAUGAAGUGGAGAGUCUACGACCUCCUCGGUUUUUUAAUGAAGAUGGAGUCAUCAGACCUUACAGGUUGAGGGAUGGUACUGGAAAUCAAAUGUUACAGGUAAUGGAAAAUGGAAGAUUUGCAAAAUACAAAUAUUUUACCCAUGUCAUGAUCAAUAAAACAGAUAUGUUUAUGAUAACUAGAAGUGGUGUAUUGUUUGUAACAAAGGGAGCAUUUGGACAACUUACAUGUGAGUGGCAGUAUAGUUUUGAUGAAUUUACCAAAGAGCCUUUCAUUGUUCAUGGGAGAAGAUUGCGUAUUGAAGCAAAGGAACGGGUGAAGUCUGUAUUCCAUGCCAAAGAGUUUGGAAAAAUAAUUAACUUCAAGACCCCAGAGGAUGCAAGGUGGAUCCUCACAAAGCUAGAAGAAGCAAGAGAACCUUCUCCAAGCCUCUGAGGGAUAACCCUGCCUGAAGACACAGCAAUCCAUUACUACAGCAUCCAUACUGUUACUUCCUAACACCUGAUGGGGAAGCGUGUUAUAGGAGUGAUUUUGAGUAUACUGUAUUCUAGAUGAUUUUUAAAAAUCAGGUAAAACAUCUAUGUGAUUAAAAUUCAUCUCUUCAGAGAACCAUUCAAUUUUCUACCAUGAAUCAAGAAAUAUUUGCUCCAGGUUAUUCUCUGUUGUGGUAGAGAAGUUGCCUGUAGCUGGUCUUCACAUGGGGUGAAGCCUUUAGUUUACAUUUUAAAUUUCAAUCACAUUUACCUCAAACUCAUGGAGUGAUGGAUAUAUUAUCAAAUCAGAUAUUGCUUUAGUGGAAUCAAGAGAACUGKGGUGGUGAUUUCUUCAGAAUCAUAAAGUCAUUUCUUUUUACAAAUUAAUAUUUUGGCAUUAUUUCCCUUCUUUUUUAAAGCAUAGGUUUAAAUUAUACUUAAACUGCAUAGCAUGAUCAUGAAAAACAGUCUCUUGAGAUUGAACGUAGAUUAAAUAAUAUCCCUUCAAGCCUCGCUUUAAGAAAGGCUUGAAGAAAUUAAUAUCAUACCCAGAAAAGGAAAGUCUCUCCCAGACUUUAGAGCCUUAGGAAACUUCAAAUCAACUCCUUGAUAGCUACUUGAUUUACCCAGAUAAUGUUUUUAAGAGACAGAUCUCAAAGGAAAAUUCCUAAAGCCUUAAAUAUACCUAUUUUCUAUUUACUGAUAACAAUAAAAUUUCCAAAUCUUGGAUACAAUGUGCCCUAAAAUCUAACCUAGUUAUCUUUUGGCCAUAGAUUAAGAAUUUCUUAUUUGCUUUCUCUAAUUAUUCAAGUAAAAAUUACUUCUUCAGUUAAAAAGGGGCCGAGGGGCAGAGGCUGAGGGAUUUUUUUUCUUGGUUUUUGUCCAAGAUCUUUGCACCUUAAUAUUCAUGGACUAUUUCAAGUGAAGGAGGAUAAAUAUGUGAUUGUGAAUUAUGAACAGAAUAGUGUAGUAUCUUAAUUAAAUUGUUAUUGAAUAAUAUAGAGUAUUUGAUGCAUGUUGUUUGUGCCAUCAAAUUAUUAUCAACUGUUUUUGAAACUGAAGACUCUAUAUAGUCAAUGGUUGUGAAAUUCUCCUCAGGCUUUUCAAACCCUUGCAUUGUUGUAAAAGCUGAAAUAAACAGCUUGCAAGAUAGUAAUUGUAUUUCUUGCUGACCAGAUCCUACUAAAUACUAUUGAUUUCUCUGAUUACAAAAACUCAUUGUUUAUUAUCAGUAGUUUCACCCAAAAUGCUUUUUCCUUUGCCAAAGAUAAACUGAAUAGAAAGAAGAUGACAAAUUUUAAACCACAUGGUGGUGUGUGUCCCCAUGGUGAUCUUUGUUCAAAGUAAUGUACUUAUAUUCACUGUUGCUGAGCUCCUCCAGUUUUGCAUAUAUCCAAAUUAAAAAGUAGAGGUAGUCUGAAAGCUUGAUUUAGAUUGUCUCCAUUUGGAAUGUUGCUUUACUUGAGUUCUGUUUAAUGCCAUUAGUCCAAAAACUCAUUGCUCCAGUUUCAGCAUUCAGAAAAGGUAUAGACCCCUUAAUUCUGUAGGUAUUCUAUGGUGAAGAAAAAGGGUAAAAUAGUAAGCAUAGAAAUUCUUCUGGUAUCCUCUGGCAAACAGGAGGAAUGGAUUUGUAACUAGUAUACAUUGUAAAGCCAAUGUACCUAUCUCUCCUGUUUUCCUUCUAAUGAGAACCUAGAAAAAUCUCUUCAUCUACACAUCACUUCCUCUGUCUGUAGUUUAUCAGUUGUUUUAUAAGAUUAUGUUCAUCUGAACAAAAAAGAAUAAGAAGAACAUUAAUAGAUCACUAAAAAGGGAGUAUUUAGCAUAAUACUUUACAAUUUACAGUAGUAUUAUGUUUUUUCACACACAGAAUGCAGAAUCUUCUUCCCUGAAUUACAGUGUAUACUUCUCCAAUGGCUUCCCUUUUAAAGGGAGGGCAUAUAUAUGUUGCUUCUUUCCUAAUGUUAGCAGUGUCUUGGGAGAUUGCUGUUUCCUGAAAUACCAUUUCGGUUAAAUCUUCUACAUACUGUAUGUACUAGGUCACAAUAUCAGGUGUGAGCUCCGAUUGCCAACUGUAUAGUUUUUUUUUUUUAAAAAGUUUGAACAGUCUAGAUUGUGUAAUGCCUGUUAGAUAAAGCAUAGUGUAGAUCCACAACUCAAGAGCCCUUCAGAUUGUAAGCACUAUCCUUAGAAUGAGAAGACAGGAUAGUUCUCACUUAGGCUUAUAAAACGUUUUUCUUUGCUAGCAUGUGACCCUCACUGUGAUUCAGUGAGACCAGAAAAAAAUGCAUGAAAAAAUUAGAUCUACAAAUGGCACCCAAAGACCAUGGCUAUCAUUUACUUAGGUAUAUUUCAACCUCCUAAUCACUAAGCAUUUUACUAUAAUUGGGGACAAAAGUUUUCCUUUUGAGUAAGUUGAAUUUGUUCCAUCUACCUUCUGGCUGAUUUACCAUAACAGGUGGCAAAAGCCCGUAAAAAUGGGGAAUAUAUAUGUCACUUUCUUGUAGGCCCAAAAUAUUCAUUUGCUGGGGGGUACUGUCCAAAUGUCACUCAUUUUAACUAAAGGAAAGUAAGAAUAUUAAAAGAUCACUGAUAAGGAGUCUUUAGCAUAGCAUUUUACAACUUACAAAAUUUUUUUAAAUAAUGGAUUUUCCCAUUUCUUUAAGAAAGUGUAGACAACUUGCAUUCCUUAUACCAGACUCAAUGCACAACUUAGUCAACCUGAUAUCCUUUGGUGCUAUGCAGUAUCACAAAUAGCUCCUUUACUCUAUAAAGGAACCCAUUUUACCUUUGCCUAAUCCUUUAAACAUCCUUUUGAAGUUGCAUCUUAUGGUUUAUGCUAACCCAGUAAAGGUAGUGCUAGCUGGCUAAAAUUUCAUGAUUCUUAUGAUCUGUAUUUUUAGUUAUAAUGGCCAAUAUACCCAUUAGUACAACUCUUAAUUCCCACCCCCGCCCCCACACUUUUCUUUGGUUAAAGUGGUGUUUGUUUUAGAACUGUGCUUAAGCAAGGCUAGCACCUUGCUGCAUCCUGCUCUAUUACGAAUCUCAUUUGCAUCUAAUUGAAACUUUUCUACUUUAUUUCCUCUUUUGUAAAAUAAAUUGGCCCAUGUCACUUUAAAAAUGUACUUUAAAAUUAUGGAUUAGUUCUAGUUUUUUUUAAAGCAUAUGGCUUUUAAAAAUACACAUAAUUUUGGUUACCCAAAGAGCUAUGCAAGAAAUACAAUUUCAAUUUUUAUAGGUAGAUAUAUUUUUUACAUUUUAUUACUGUAUACAAAUGUAAAUUAAUUUGUAAAAUAGUUUAUCACCUACUGUGAUAGGUAUCAAACUGCUUUGAUUGAAAAUCUCUGUCAUGAACAYAAUUCAUUUCAUAUUGCUGAUAUAUUAAUGAUGUGUUCCUUUUAUGACAUUCUUGUAACAAGAAAUCCUGUGAGUCUGGUAUAAUAAAGUGUGUAAUAAUUAGAAGUUUA